UGUUCUCUUCUUCUGUUUUAAGUUCCUAAUUCUUGAUUUGGCUUCAGAAACCAGCAUUCACAUUCACAUUCGCCUUCACUUGCUUCCUCGGCUUGCUCUUCAGGUCAGAGGCCAAAAAAACAGGUGUAAAUCAAAGCCUGUUCUGUCAGAGAAAAACUUACAUAUGAAUAACCAAGGAAGUCAGAAUGUUGCAACUUGCAAGCCCGUCACUACAUUUGUCCAAACUGACACCAACACUUUCAGAGAAAUCGUGCAGCGCUUGACAGGUCCAUCAGAGAGCAAUGCUACAGCAGUACCAGAAGCAACAGUUAUAAAAACCGCCAUACAAAAGCGCCCGACUUCUAAGCUCCACGAGAGAAGGCAGUGUAUGAGGCCAAAGCUUGAAAUUGUCAAACCUCCUCUAAGCUUUAAGCCCACUGGUACGACACCAUCAUCUAAAUCUGGUAAUACCAACCUUUUAACAAGUCCAGUGGGCACCCCUUCUUCAUUGUUCUCUAACUUGUCAUUGAUAGAAGGGGAGAAAGGAGAACCAGAUAGUUGUACAACAAACAUUGAAGAAGAGGAGAAAGCCAUUAAAGAAAGACGCUUUUACUUACAUCCAUCGCCAAGGUCUAAACCAGGGUAUACAGAACCAGAAUUGCUUACUUUGUUUCCUUUAACAUCUCCCAAUUCAAGUGGCAGACCAUAAACUCAACAGAUUAAUCAUAAGCUUGUUCUCUGCCUACUAUCUCAAAGAUCAUGUACAUGUAGCGUGUCACAACAAAAUCAUUGAAAGAGAAAGACUGUUCAAUUGCUUUAUCUCAAUCAAGACUUGUUUCUGUAACAUUUCUGCAGCGUUUUGCUUUUUGCAGCGUUUCA